CUUGUUCCCUGUUCCUUGUUCUCGGUUCCCUGGCCCGGAGUCGCAUUUCAGGGUUUCUCUUCCUUUUUGCUCCUGGUCCUUAGCCACCCUCCUCCUCUUAGCUACUCUCUUGACUUGGUCCCUAAAGAACCAUUGACCCCGGAGCGUCCCGUGUGCGACCUCGGAGUCACCCAAAGAGCUUUUAAAAUAAGAUGAUGCCUAAUCUGACCCUCCCAGACCAGCUGAAACAGAAUCUCUGGGAAUGGGGCCCAGUACAUUUAAAGUUGAAGCUUGCUGCUAAAGAUGGCAGACCCAGAUGUCCUCACCGAGGUCCCUGCAGCGUUGAAGAGGUUAGCCAAGUAUGUGAUCCGGGGGUUUUAUGGCAUUGAGCAUGCAUUGGCCUUGGACAUCUUGAUCCGGAACCCUUGUGUGAAAGAGGAGGAUAUGCUGGAGCUGCUCAAGUUUGAUCGGAAGCAACUUCGAUCAGUUUUGAAUAAUUUAAAAGGAGACAAGUUCAUCAAAUGCAGAAUGAGGGUAGAGACUGCUGCAGAUGGGAAAACCACUCGCCAUAACUACUACUUUAUCAAUUAUCGAACUCUUGUUAAUGUGGUAAAAUACAAGUUGGACCACAUGAGAAGGAGGAUCGAAACGGAUGAGAGAGAUUCCACCAACCGGGCUUCCUUCAAAUGUCCUGUCUGUAGUAAUACUUUUACAGACUUAGAAGCUAAUCAGCUCUUUGAUCCCAUGACAGGAACUUUCCGCUGUACUUUUUGCAGUACAGAGGUAGAAGAAGAUGAAUCAGCAAUGCCCAAAAAAGAUGCACGCACACUUUUGGCAAGGUUUAAUGAACAAAUUGAGCCCAUUUAUGCUUUGCUUCGGGAGACGGAGGAUGUGAACUUGGCCUAUGAAAUACUUGAGCCAGAACCCACAGAAAUACCAGCCCUGAAACAGAGCAAGGACCGUGCAGCAACUACUGCUGGAACUGCUGGGCUGGCAGGUGGGCACCACCGGGAAGCAUGGGCCAGCAAAGGUCCCUCCUAUGAGGACUUAUAUACUCAGAAUGUUGUCAUUAAUAUGGACGAUCAAGAAGAUCUUCAUCGAGCCUCACUGGAGGGGAAAUCUGCCAAAGAGAGACCUAUUUGGUUGAGAGAGAGCACCGUCCAAGGAGCAUAUAGUUCUGAAGAGAUGAAGGAAGGUGGUAUAGAUAUAGAUGCGUUUCAAGACCGUGAGGAAGGCCGCCCAGGUCCGGAUGAUAAUGAGGAGGUUAUGCGAGCCCUGCUCAUUCAUGAGAAGAAGACCCCAUCUGCCAUGGCAGGCUCAGUGGGGGCGGCUGCUCCUGUGACCACUGACUCAGAGAGUGAGACCAGUGAAUCAGAUGAUGACUCCCCACCCCGUCCAGCAGCUGUGGCUCUACACCGUCGGGAAGAAGACGAGGAGGACGACGAGUUUGAGGAAGUAGCAGAUGACCCUAUUGUCAUGGUAGCUGGUCGUCCGUUCUCCUACAGCGAAGUGAGCCAGCGACCCGAGCUGGUGGCACAGAUGACACCAGAGGAGAAGGAAGCUUACAUAGCAAUGGGACAGCGCAUGUUUGAGGACCUCUUUGAGUGAGCGUUCCCUAUUUUUCCCUCCUUUCUCUCAUACUCAUUUCCAAAAGAAAUUCCCUACCUUUGAAGAAAAGUAUUUAAGUGGCUUUCUGUCCCUCUUUGACGUAAAGUGACUGUUAAUCUUGCACAAAAAAUAAUGGGAGAGAAAGUUUGAUUUUUACGCCAGAAACUUCCCAACAAGGUAGGUUGGCUACAAGCCUUCCCUUUCUUGCUGUUGCUACAGUAUUAUAUUUUAUUAUCUAGUCUUUGCCCUUUCCUUUUUAAGACAUUUUUUUCCCCUUCUGAAAUAAGUGAAGGAAGUCUGUAAGGUAAAUUCUUCAUGUCUGCCUGCCUGCAGAAGCCCAUUAUGAUAGGUUACAGUAAUUCACUGAUCACAUUAUUUUGUCUAUUCUGACCAAGCAUUCCAAACAAUUCCUGAUAUUGCUGCCAACCAAAGCAAUUUGCCAACAGCAAAUGAUUGAUGAGGGAACAAAACAACCUUAAAACUUCAUAUUGCCUCACAAUUGAGGAUGGAGUCAAUAAGCGAGGGGAGUUGAGAGUAUGUGCGAAAGAGGGGUGGAUAUGCCUAAAUCUCGUGGUUAAUAUGUAAACCAAAAUUUGUGUCUUUAGAACUGAUCUAACUGGUAGAUCCUAUUGUUUUGCUUACUGCCUUUUGGACAGUAUGUUGGAUGAUGGAAACAAAAAGGGUGCUUGGUAAACCCUUAUUUAAAAAUUAGAAAAAAACAUGGACAUAGGGGUUCAUGUAAAAGGUUGAUGAGCAGUAAGCGUUGGGAACAGUGCCUUUUAGAAUUGCCUGAGUUUGUGCUGAUUUGGAAAUCUUUUAUAGAAAGGUGAAACUGGUCCCCUUCUUUUUCCCUUCUACAGUGCUUUAAGUUGUUUAAUGAGGCCAUUCCGGCAGACAUCAGCAUAUAACAAUGAUUACUCCUCUUUUUUUCUCUCAACAUCGUUGAAGGCUUCCUUUGUCUCUCUUUCGAUUGUUGUCAGACAUGGUAUUUUAGAGUACAUCCAGUAUAUUGUUGUUCAUUGUAACCUCAAGGAACAUAGUUUAUUUUUGGUUCUGAUAUGUAGCAUGGUAUUAUGCCCUAAGGCAGAACUUGAAAAGUAAGGAACUUUCUUACAAGGAUCUAUAACAAUUGUAUUUUUUGUAAUAUUUUUCCUUGCAUUGUAAUUUUUAAGUAUUUAUCAUUUUGUAGUACAUGUGUGAAGCUAAGAUAGCUUUUAGAGUAUCUGAGCCUUGUAUGAAGUGAUGUCUCAUUUACUUGGAUUGUAUUAAUGACUGAAUAUCGACAACUAUUUUAUACUGACUGAAAUUUGUUAAUUCCCAGUUCUGUAACAUCUUGGAGCAUAAUUAAAGUGAAUACUCUUCCCAUUAAAAAA